GUCCUCGCCGGGAUCACCGUCUCGCUCGCCAUGGUGCCAGAGUCGUUGGCGUUCACGUUCGUCGCCGGGGUGUCUCCCAUCGUGGGCCUACACGCCGCGGCGCUCAUGGGCUUGUGCACCGCGGUACUCGGCGCGCAACCCGGCGUCAUCUCCGGCGCCGCGGGAGCCACCGCCGUGGUCUUCGCCCCGCUCGUCGCGUCGCACGGACCCGAGUACCUCUUCGCCGCCGUCGCGCUCGCCGGAGCCAUCCAGGCCGUCGCCGGCGCGCUGCGCCUGGGAAAGUUCAUCCGACUCGUGCCGCAGCCGUGCAUGAUCGGGUUCGUAAACGGUCUCGCCAUCGUCAUCGGCUCCGCGCAGAUCAACUCCUUCGCGGGUCUCGCCGACGUCGCGCUGUACACGCAAGUCGCGCUCACGGCUUUGACGAUGGCGCUCAUCAAGCUCAUACCCAACCUGUCCUUCGUCCCAAAGCAGAUACCCGCGCCGUUGCUGGCCAUCGCGUCCGUCGGGACCCUCGUCCAGGUGGCGGGUAUCGCGACAAAGACCGUCGGGGACGUCGCGGCGGUCGCGGGCUCCCUUCCGGCCUUUCACAUCCCAAACGUUCCCGUCGAGUUUGAGACGUGGGCUACGAUUUUCCCAUUCGCCGCGUCCGUCGCGGCGGUUGGACUGAUCGAGACGCUGCUGACCCAGCAGCUCGUCGACGACAUCACCGAGCGUCGCACCAGCACCCACAAGGAGUGCAUCGCGCAGGGCGCCGCGAACCUGGUGAACGGAUUCUUCGGCGCCAUGGGCGGGUGCGCGAUGAUCGGCCAGUCGAUGAUCAACGUUCAGGCCGGGGGUCGCACUCGGGUCUCCGGUUUGACGUGCGCGAUGGCCAUCGCGUCGUACGUCACGUUCGGCGCGGGGUUCAUCGAGCGCGUGCCGAUCGCCGCGCUCGCCGGUACGAUGCUCUGUUUGGUCCUGGACAUCUUCGAUUGGACCUCGUUCGCGCGGAUCCGAAAGAUACCAAAGACGGACGCCACGGUGUUGGUGUUGGUCACCGGGGUCACCGUCGUCACCAACCUCGCCGUGGCGGUGUUCUCGGGGGUGGUGCUGAGUGCCCUGGGGUACGCGUACAAGAGUUCGCAGCGAAUCGAGGCGAGGAAAACCUCCGUCCCGAUCAAGACGGACUCGAUCGAGCACAGGACGGUGUACGAGAUAUCGGGCCCGCUCUUCUUCGGAUCGGUGGGCUCCUUCCUCGAGCAGCUCGACCCGAGGAUGGAGGGAAACGAUCGCGUGGUUCUCGACUUCGCCUCGUCGAAGGUGUGGGACAGUAGCGCCUUGGUCGCGAUCGACGACGUCGCGGAUAAGUUUCGAAACUGCGGCAAGGUGGUGACGCUUCGACACCUCUCCCCCGACUGCGCCGCGCUGCUGCGCAAGGCUGGCGACCUGGUCGAGGUCAACCUGGAGGAGGACCCGGAGUACCCGGUGGCGGCGGAUUACGACGACGAGGAGCUCGAGACGCUGACGGACCAUGCGGCGCACGGCACGCACGUCAGCUUGGAGGACUGGGAGAGGAGCGCGCUGCAGCGGCAGUACACCACGCCGGCGGGUUUCAGAGUGCUCGUGGACAAGGUGGAGGAAGACGGGCCGGCGAGGAAGAGCGGCGGACGGGGGGCUCGUCUCGGGGCGUAGUUGGGAGUAGUUGAGAGUAGUUGGAGAGUCGCCGACUUGUUGGGCCCAGUCGGCGAAGCUGACGGAUGGUUAACUCUCGUCGCCCACCUGGGCUUCGUCUUCGCCACUCGCCGUGAAAAUGCGAGUCGUGACCUUUUGGUUGGGAUUUAAGUGUUAGUCACAGCGAACAUGGUUGGAAAUUCACGGUUAAUUACCAAGGUUUAUGAU